AUGAGUAGGAGUGAGCCAUUGAAGAUCUCUGUGAACCCUCAACAAACCGGUCUUGUCAGUGAGCGAUCAAGAAUGUCAUAUUUGGCUAUCAAAAGGCUGGUGAAGUGUUUGGCAUUGAUCCUGAUCGUUCUGUCAGUGUCCUUGGUGUUGAUCCUCAAGGAGGCUUUGGACAAUCGGGUCCGAAUCGUGUAUAAAGAACACUCGGCGAAGGCUACGAUCCUCAAAUUGGUCAAGCCAAUAUCAACCACAAAUCGGAUUCAAUCCGUGGUGGGAUCCAGCCAGGAGACCUUCGUAAAUCAGUUACAAUGGACCAAAUGCCGAUGGAGCUCAGGGUUGCGAAUUGUCAGUUCCACUACAAGGAGUCCCUGGACCCAAAUGGGAACAAAAGAGGUUUACUUUCACAGUGCUUAUUGGGACGACCGUGGACGUGCUCAUAGAACUCAUGCCUUUGUACGAGUUCUCGCAUAUUUGCGGGGAAGUGCAGCCGAUAAGCCCAAAAUGCAAUGCUACUAUCCGGAGUGGAGGGUGUCAAUUCAAGCCCAUGUUCAAGAGACGUGGCUCCCAAUGUGGGAUCAAGACCCUGAUGAGCAAACAUUUAGGUCAUUUCUUGUGAAUUGCCGGGUUCCACCAGGUGUCACAGAGUUGCAAUCAGUUUCUUUGUCGACAGAAGUCUGCGAUGAAAUGGCAACCCUGAAAGUCGUGGAUAAUCGGUUUCUAGCGUUGCCAAAACGAAAAAAGUUCUGUCUGUGUGUUAAGCCCCUUUUAUUCAAUAUGCAAGAUAUUUCGAAACAACUCAUUGAAUGGAUCGAAGCUAAUCGAUUAUUCGGAGCCGAAAAGAUCGUGUUUUACUUGUACCAAGUGCAUCGCAAAGUAAGCAAAGUCCUUGACCAUUACGUUCGAUUGGGUGUGGUACAAGUGGUUCCAUGGAGCCUUCCACAGGAGUUGAAUCUCCUCAAUGGUCGGGAUCUCAAAGUGUUCUUCCAUAGAAAAGUGUGGCAAAAACGUCGAAGUGAGGUGUUACCAUAUAAUCACUGUUUUUAUCAAAAUUUCAACGAAUUUGAGUUUGUGCUUCCAAUCGACAUUGACGAGUUCAUUUUUCCAUUGGCUGUAGAAUCUUGGCACGAAGUCUUGAGCGGCCAUUUGCUGAAACAUCCCGAUGAAAAGCAACUCAUUGGAUCCUUUUCCGUGCGAAAUGCCUAUUUCUUUCGGUCGUGGAAUCCAAAGUCAAAUCUAAACGAAGAUCUAGUCAUUGAAGCCUUCACACAGCGGAGUGCCAACUUAAGUCAGCCUGGCUUUUCUGUCAAAAGUUUCAUGAACACCGACGUGGUCGUGACAUUGUUUAACCAUUAUGCUCUCAGUGCUUUGCUUCCCACUCAAAAGUUGACCACUCACCUCAAUCCGGAUCUCAUAGUUAUGAACCAUUACAAAGCGACUUGCCCCAAUGACUUUGGGCGUCAGUGUGAAGAAAAUUUCUUGAAGUACUCCAUGAAUGAUACGUCAAUUCUACGAUUUGUGCCAAAAAUUAAAGCACGCAUCAAGGCAGUACAAAUAGAUUGGGACAAAUAA